AUGAAAAUUAUAGUAUUGCAUGGGACUACUUUAAGACUGAAGAGACAGAAAAAGUCCAAGCAUCGAAUUGAUAAAGAUCAUCCUGAUGGAAUAAACACAGAUGGUCCAAUUGUUAAGGCUAUGCACAUUAUUACCAAAUGUCAACAAGAAAAACUAGCACAAAAGCAAAUAAGUGAUCAUAGUCAAUUUAUUGCUGAUGAGGAAGAUUCUUUUGAAUCAGAUAUAGAGUAUGAAUUUGAAGCACCAAAACCACCUAUUACUAGUAUGGAAUUGCAUAAUCUAGUCAAAGCUGCGAGUUACUUUUCUCUUCAAAAGUAUUGGAACGUUUUUAAUGAAAUUGGGCUUAUCGCGUUAUUUUUAAAUCUACGAAUAAAGAAUUUAAAGUUUAUUGACGAUGUAAAUAUAAGAAUAACUACAAUCAGCACAGUGCGAAGGCUUUGUUCAGAGGAAGAAUAUCACCAGCCUUUGAUUGAAGAAAUUUCAAGAGAUGAUAGUUUUGCCGAGUCUUCUAGUUUAAUUUCUAAUGACUUAAUGGCAGAUUUGUAUAGUAAUGAAGAAUUAGAUAGUGUAAGCGAAGAGAGUGAG